GUCCGUCAGUGCGUGCGACGGCGGUGCAAGUGUACGAAUGUGUACGGAUAUUACGGAUCGCCGCCGGUGGCGUCCAAGUGAUAGUCGCGAAAGCGAACGGAGCGGAGCGUGCGUCGUGUUACGUUCGCUACGUCGUGUGUGUGCGCGUCAUCCGUGUGUAUGUAUGACAAUGUUAACGUCGCGUGUGUGACCGACGAGUUUACGUCGUGAAUCUAAUCCCGAAUGUGUGCCCGUCGUCGCCGAGAGACGAACGCGAGCCCGAAGAGGAGUCGUUUGCCAUCCAGUGUCCAUGUAAAAUCAUUCACUAGAACUGCCAACCCUCUCUCCCGUUCCUCCGUUAUAUAGUUGGUUAGUUUCGUUCGUGUGUCGUUUCAUUAGUGUUGUGGUCCUCCCCCGUUUCUCUCUCUAUCUCUCUCUCUUAAAAAUCACGCUCCGCGCGCGUUUAUCUCUCUCUUUUUUUGCUCUAUUUACUCCUUUCUUCUUCUGUCCUCUCUUUUAAGAAAGCAUUCGGAUGCGCAUUUUUUUGGUUAUGUUUCCCGUUACAUUUCGCACGUAGCCCCGUGUAAACGCGUGCUUUCCUUACGCACGUAUGUAUGUAUGUGUGUGCACUCAUCUGGCUGCGAGAGAGAUAGAGAAAGGUGGAAAGAAAGAGAGAGAAGCGGAGAGAGAAGACUGUACUGUAAAUGACAUAGCAGUGCGUGUAUGUAUAAAGUAAAAUGCAUAAGUUAAGACUACCUGUCAAGGUCGAAUUGCCCAGUGCUUUAACAAGGAUGGUAUUGGAUCCCAAGGCCACCAGUUUGCAUAACGAUUACGGAAGCUUCGAUCGACCAUUGGGCGCCGGGGAGGGCCACGAGAGGGACGUUGAAGCGGCGGUUGAUGGAAGCAGCAGCGGAAUGGCACAGUCCAGCGACGUUUAUCAACGGCAACCACUGUUGCCCGGUGCGCCGCUGUCCAAGAGCAAGGACAAGUGGUCCUCCGGAGUGGCCUCAGGCUCGGACUACUACGAGGAUGACGAGGACGAGAAGAGUAUCGAGAGCUUGGGCAGACAUCCUAGUAUACCGAACGGUUCCGGCAGCGAUAUCGUCAAGAUCGACAUACCGGCGCCGCUUCGCGAGGAGCCACGCUUUCCCAAGGAAAAGUGGAAGACGUUUCUCGCGUUUCUCUUUAUGGUCGUCAAUUUUAUAUUGACGACGGCUUCCCUCGCAAUGGUGCACGAGCGUGUCCCGGACAGGAAUUCGUACGGGCCACUUCCCGACGUAGUAUUGGACCAUGUCGUCGCACAGGACUGGGCGCUCAACGUCUCGGAAAUCUUGAUCAUGAUCAUGUCCAACUGCGCGAUGGUUUUUAUAAUUUUCCAUAAGCAUAGAUUUAUAGUAGUUAGACGUGUAUUUCUUUUGAUGGGGUUGCUCUACAUGAUGAGAAGCAUUACAAUGUUCGUGACGGUCCUACCGAUCGCCAGUAAGACUUACUAUUGUAGCCCGAAGGCGAACAACACCAGUCCGCUACUCGUGACGAAGAGGGUCCUGCAGCUCAUUUCCGGCUUCGGCUUGUCCAUCAACGGCAAGCACACUUAUUGCGGGGAUUACAUUUACAGCGGGCACACGGUUGUGCUCGUGCUCAGUUACCUGAUCAUUAAAGAAUAUUCUCCGAGGAGAUGUAAACCGAUCCAUUGGGGAGCAGGUUUGGCGGUUCUCGUCGGGGUAAUUAUGGUCUUGGUAGCUCACGGCCACUAUACCGUGGAUGUACUUAUAGCGUACUACGUUACUACAAACUUGUGGUAUAUUUAUCACACGAUGGCCAACAACUCGAAUCUUAAGCAAUAUGGACCAAACAACUUUUUGGCCCGGCUCUGGUGGUUCUCUAUUUUCAAGUAUUUCGAGAAGAAUGUAGGCGGCACGGUGCCACGACAAUAUGACUGGCCUCUACCCUGGCCUCGACGGUUUCUUGCCAAGCACCCUAACCGAGAUAGUUAAUAUUUGUCUUGACUUUAGAGGCUGUUAAAAACAAAAGAAUUACUUUCACUGUAUAUAUUAUAUACAUAUAUACAUAUACAUAUAUACAUAUACACAUAUAAAUACACAUACAUGCAUAUACACAUUUAGGCUUAUUAAAACAUUGAAGGAAAACAUUGGCUAUAGAAAGAUAUAUCUGAGACAUAUGAUCGUUUCUCAAAAGCGAUCAUAUAUUCAUAUUUGUUAAAGCAUAAUACUUUAUGUCGUUCACUUCUUUAUAAAAUCGUAAACCAAUCGUGAACUCUCAGACAUAAUAUUUUUUUCUCCUUUUUUAUCUCUCACAUAAAACCAUUUUUCACUCUCACUUUCACAUAAAACCAUCAUCCAAUCAGUCCAAAUUUAUUUUUCGCUUGAUUUUUAUACGAUUUAUAUACAAUAUAAAGAAUAGAUAGAGAACGACAGGAUGGAGUUUAUUAUAAUAAUAUCAGGCUCUCCUAUCAGGUUCGAAUGGAAGAAGAUAUUCAAGACUAAUGCAAUACAAAUUAAUGUGUAUUGAUUACGUGAUACGUUUUUUCAAAUAGUCGCACAACAAAUCGAAAGUAAAAUACGGUAAAUAAGUAAACCUAGGACGAACAGAUGCGUGUUUUUAGAAAAACUCAAGCGUAUAAUAAGAAGUAUUUAUAAUCUCCAACAAAUCGUUGUAUAGUAUACAAAUAAAUGAGAAGACAAAAUCUAAAUUCUUCCUCCAUACGAAUCUUUUAGCUACAUAUUGACAUCUCGACUUCCAGUAUCUAGACGUCGUUAUCCCUGAUUUUGCAUUCGCGACACGAAUUAUUCCAAUGAAAAACGAUCUCGUAAAUAAAUUUGCCAAACGUAUCCAAUGUAGGCGAUGUAUGCGUCCUUAUUAUUGUUUUACUUUUCCGAUUAUCCUCGAAAUUGUUUUUUUCAUACUUUUUGUAUCGGAGAAAAAUAUUUAAUAUCUCAAUAUUAGAGGCGAUUGUGCAAUUUCGUGGGACCAAAACAGGAGCGUUCAAUAGUAAAAAUGUUAGUUUAUAUGUAGCAUUGACAUAAAAUAAAAUAGUAGUACAUCGAGUCGCGAGAUGGCAUGAUCUCCAUUAUGUUAUUCUCUCAUUGGCAUUGAUAAAGACUUUUUUAAUAAUAAUGUCUUGAAAAUGUUCCGAUUAAAUUAUGUGAUAUAUUGCCAGAAUUUGAACCUGCCAUAUAUAUGUAUAGAUAUAUAUGUAUAUAUAAAUUAUUGUCGACUUGCGCUCCAAAUACACAUAGAGUACCGGAUUUGGAUAAGUUACUUAUGAGAAUUUCUCGUGAUGUUUCUCUUAGACAAUUCAAAUAAUUCUUGGAUAAUUGAAUUUUUAGAGGACACACCUCAAUUUUCAUUAAUCGACAUCAUGCGAAUAUAUCAUGUAUAAAGUAAUAAAAAAAAAUAAAAGGAAGAAAGUAUCGAAGCACAUGCCGCAUUCGUGUUUUCAUGGAAUAAGAUCGUCGUACGCUCAUGCAUACACACCGAAUGUUGUCACAUAUAUAUACAUAUGCGGAGGCGAUGCAACACGCGAAUCGUGCGAAACGUAUAACAGGCAAUCUUGCAGAGAGAGGCACUGAUGUACAAACAAGAUCGAUCUUUCGCAUAAUUCAUUCUUCCCUCGUUCUUCUCGCGUCUCAUUGUUUCAACGCGAUAUUCCUUACGCCUCUUGCCCUGCUCUUUCUCUCGUAUGAAGAAAGUAAGCGACAUUCGUUUGCUAUAAUUUAGUGUGAUGUCGGUGCGAGAAUGCUCGCAAUUCUUUAAAUACUUGGAAAGAAGCGCAAAAAUAUUGUGAAUCUCAGUUAAUGGUGUACAAGUAAAGCGGUGACGAGUCCUAUGACCGUUAAUUUUUCUAGCGUUUGAGAAAAAUUUUGUAUGUGUGUGUGUGUGCGCGCGUGUUGUAGAAAUGCCAGACAAUGUUUAAUCAUAAUUUAAAUUAAGAGCAUGUCUGUUAUUCUGUUCGCGUAUUGAUGAAUUCUUUAUCGAGUACAUGGAACGACUCAUCAUCAUUCUUCAUUAAAUUUUUCUUGUAUAUAAUUUUUGAAGGAAUAAUAAAAGUUUGUUUUUAUAAGCAGUUUUCUCCGUCGAAACUUACCGUCGAAAUUUACAUUUUUUGAAGUUCGAAGAUGCAUUAAACAAUUCUACAGAGUUCUGUUCUCUACAGAGUUGAUUUUUCAUCUUUCAAUUACUUCUCGAUUGUGGUUGAACGCGAUGAUUGCGUGCGAAAAAUUAGUAGAAUGGUAGAAGAAUGAUAAGAGGAGAGGAAUGCGAAAACGCUAUUGAUAACACAUAAUACUAACUCUUUUCCGUCUGUGAUGAUAAGUAAAAGAAAAGAAAGCGAACAGAGAUUGCCAUCGCGGUCUUAAUGUAACAUAGUAGCUCGACCGCGGGUCCGCAAUUUCGAGAGUGUCCCUUAUGGCCACCUGAUGUUUCUUCUUAACAUUGAAAUUAUAGAUGCGUGUAACUGUUGAACAUCUAUUUUAAUAAAAUCAAUGUGGUUCUCUUUUACGUAGUAGGACUCUUUAGCUGGGCAUUCGCGCAGCAGCAACAGUUUUAACGCGAAUAAUAAUGUCGAUAAUUUAGGAAUAUAUUUUUGAAAUGUGUGCAUAUAAUGUACAUAAGCGCACUUGUGUCGAUUCGCACACGUGUGUAAUAAAAUGAUAGCGCGCGCUAAUCGCGCACGAAUGGAUACUUUAAGCGGACACGAAAAAAAAAAAUAUUUAAAUAUCAUAGAUUUAUAUAUUUCACAUAUAGAUGAAUAUGCGUUGCGUGCGUCUAUGUAA